AGCAAAGCAUCCAGUUCCAGUCCCAAAGCACGCAAUUUAUUGGUGGCGUACAGCAAUCGCUCACCCCACACCACAAAGGCCAACGCUUCUUAUUUUCGAGAAGCUUUCCUGCCUGGCAAGACUUUUCCUGGCAAAAUUCGAGACCCAAGAUUUUCUUUUUGACGCCCCUUUCGGCGACCGCACCUCGAGCUACUGUGGCACGCUGCCCCCCCUACCCUGUAGCCACCCAGGCCCACGGCUGCGGUUCCCCAGCCCAGGAGUAUAUGACCCUCGACGCUCCCAUUCUCCACUUACUUCCAAUCAGCCUCUUUCAUCCUUGACUUUGUGCUCCUCAAACACCUCCAGGGUAUUAAGCAGCCACUUCAGACCUUCGAGUAUCGGUGGGAGCUCCGUUCGGUACUGCAUCUUGGUGUAACCGUAAAGGGACCUCAACAUCACCACUCAAGAUGUCGGCUACUAAAAUCGGUCACGGACUUGCCAAAGUCCUCGGCAUCAAGCUUGAGUACAGGAAUGAGCUAGACGAUGAGAUUCGUCGUGGCGAAUCCGUCUUCUCUACCAACACAGCUGAUACUUAUGUCGAAGAAGAGCCAACCAGCGCGGAAUGGAUCAGGGAGACACUUCCAUCAGGUCACGACCUUGCCGUCUAUGCACGCUCUCUUUUCCCCUUCACCCACUGGAUUGGGCGAUACAAUUUGCAAUGGUUGGCGGGUGAUCUUGUGGCUGGUAUCACCAUCGGUGCUGUCGUCGUACCUCAGGGCAUGGCUUAUGCCACUCUUGCUGAUCUCCCGGUACAAUAUGGACUCUACACUUCAUUCAUGGGCGUUUUGAUCUACUGGUUCUUCGCAACCUCAAAGGAUAUUACUAUUGGUCCCGUCGCUGUAGUUUCUACCCUGGUGGGUAAGAUUCUCGUAAAAGCAGCAAAAACCCAUCCGACUGUUCCUGGUCCCGUCAUUGCCUCUGCAAUGGCAGUGAUUGCUGGCUGUAUCAUUUUCUUCAUUGGUUUGAUCCGAAUGGGAUGGAUUGUCGACCUUAUUCCGCUAGUAUCCAUCUCUGCAUUCAUGACUGGUUCGGCUCUCAAUAUUGCCGUUGGGCAGUUGCCGACUCUGAUGGGUAUUACUGGAUUCGAUACGCGAGCUGCAACCUAUCUGGUGUUCAUCAACUGGUUGAAAGGACUUCCACGUACGAAGCUGGAUGCUGCUAUUGGCCUGACAGCUCUGUUUCUCCUUUACGCCAUCCGAUCCGCCUGCAAGUUUGCAGCCAAGAAGUAUCCGACCCAGAGAAAGUUGAUCUUCUUUAUCUCGACCCUUCGAACUGCCUUUGUCAUUCUGUUAUACACGCUGGUCAGCUGGCUCGUCAAUAGACACCACCGCAAGAAGCCGUUGUUUAAGAUUCUGUCAACCGUUCCUCGAGGUUUCACUGCCGCUAAGGUGCCAACUAUCGACAUCUCCAUCAUUAAGAUAUUCACCAGCGAUCUUCCAGUUCUAGUCAUUGUUCUCCUAAUCGAGCAUAUCGCUAUUUCCAAAUCAUUCGGACGAGUAAACAAUUAUGUUAUCAAUCCAUCCCAGGAACUGGUUGCUAUUGGCAUAACCAAUAUCUUAGGUCCCUUCCUCGGUGCAUACCCGGCAACCGGAUCGUUCUCUCGAACAGCCAUCAAGGCGAAGGCAGGUGUACGAACUCCUUUUGCAGGUGUUAUUACUGCUGUGGUCGUGCUCUUGGCAAUUUAUGCUCUCACUGCGGUCUUCUUUUAUAUUCCAAGUGCUGCUCUAUCAGCAGUCAUCAUUCACGCAGUUGGAGAUCUCAUCACGGCCCCAAAUACGGUCUACCAAUUCUGGCGUGUGUCUCCUCUUGAGGUCCCCAUCUUCUUUGCAGGAGUUCUGGUCACAGUUUUUUCAUCCAUUGAGAAUGGCAUAUACACCACUAUCUGCGUUUCAUUCGCACUUCUUGUUUUCCGCAUCAUCAAGGCCAAGGGUCGAUUCUUGGGCAAAGUGAAGGUUCACUCGGUGGUAGGCGACUCUCUGAUUGGAAGCGAAAGCACACCUUUUAUCAACUCGAACAACCCAGCCAAAUCUGGCGGCUCACACGAAGAUGUUGCUGUCCGCAAUAUUUUCCUACCUAUCGAUCAUGGUGAUGGUUCCAACCCAGAUGUCGAAGUUGCUACACCUUACCCAGGAGUUUUCAUCUAUCGAUUCUCCGAGGGCUUCAACUACCCGAACGCAAACCACUACCUAGAUCAGCUCACAGCUCACAUCUUCGCCAACACCCGUCGAACCAACCUCGAUCACUACGGUCGACCAGGAGACCGUCCCUGGAAUGAUCCUGGACCACGCCGUGGCAAAGCAGCAGACGACCACCCCGAACGUCCCACACUGAAAGCCGUUAUCCUCGACUUCAGUUCCGUCAACAAUGUCGACAUCACCUCUGUCCAAACCCUGAUCGAUGUCCGCAACCAGCUUGAUCGUUACACCUCUCCCUCCGUCGUAGACUUCCACUUCGCAUCCAUCAACAACCGCUGGACCAAACGCGCCCUCGUCGCAGCCGGCUUCGGCUACCCAACCAUCCUUCCCGGAGACAACUCCGUCCACCGCUGGAAACCCAUCUUCAGCGUCGCUGAGAUCGGAGGCUCCGACUCCGCCGCCCAAGCCGCCGAGAUCAACGCCAACGAGAAAGAUUUCCGCAAAUCACGUACCAACGAACGCGACGCCGAUACCAUCAGCGCCGGUAAAGACAGCGAACUCAGCUCCUCUGAUCUGAAGAGCUCGGCGAUCAAGACUUCGUCCCGAGCAGCGGUCGUGAACGGACUCAACAGACCCCUUUUCCACAUCGACCUAACGAGUGCGCUACAGAGCGCUAUCGCUAACGUCGAGGCGCGAGCCGAUUUCGAGACGGGGCUACCGGCUCCUACUGCUACCGUCUAAGCAGUGAAUUUGUAUAUCCAUAUUAGAGAUUCCGGAUGAUCGAGUUGUGAAAAAUAAAGAGAGGGGAUGAGACAAGCACGACACGAUACCACAUUUUGUUUGGGAAUUUUCCUUGGUUUUUGACAUUGGAGAGACCUGUUG